GCACCAAAGCCUGCCUUAUGCGACUAAUUCUUGCUUCAGACCAAAGUAAUUCCCCGCUGAGUUCGCCUCCUCCAGUGUGCUUUUCACCAAUUUCCUGAAGAUAUUGUUCGCUUUGUUCUUCCUCUUCUCCACACGCAGAGGAAAAGUUUCUCUUGAUCCGCUCAUGUUCAUCGUUCCUUCCCCGUUGGUCCACUGGUCACCAUUGGUUGAAGUGAUCCUGCGGACUUACUGGCCCGUGCCGUGUUGAGGUGUAGCAGCAGCAUGGUUUUCUGGUGGUAAUUGACUUCUAUGAGAUCGACUGAUCAUCAUAGCAAACUGCUUCAAGAUUUAUUAUGAUCACUAUUGAUUGAAGAGUGGUUUGUAAGCUUCCAAUUUCUGCCAUUCUCAGAACAAGUCACUGUGGUGGUUUUGGUGGAUCUCCCUUGGCGAGUUUGUCUGAUCAAUGGCAGCCAUACUUGAAUCUUUGCUUGGAUCAUGUGCCAGUAAGUUGCAAAAUAUCAUUACAGAUGAGGCCAUACUAAUCCUUGGGGUGGAAGACGAUCUCAGAGAAGUCCUGCGACGAGUAGAACUAAUACAAUGUUGCAUAUAUGAUGCUGAGAAAAGGAGGACAAAAGAGCUAGCAGUAAACAAUUGGCUCGGCCAACUGAGAGAUAUUAUAUAUGAUGUUGAUGAAAUCCUGGACGUGGCUAGGUGUAAAGGAAGCAAGCUACUGCCUGAUGAUCCUUCAUCAUCAUCAAGCAAAUCGGCUGCAUGUAAAGGCCUCUCAGUUUCCUCUUGCUUUUGUAACAUUGGAUCACGUCGUGAUGUUGCUGUUCGGAUUAGAAGCCUCAACAAAAAGAUUGAGAACAUUGCAAAUGACAAGAUAUUCUUCACAUUCAACAAUAGUACACAGCCUCCUGGAAAUGGUCCAACAUCCAGACUGAUAAGAAGUUCCAACCUUGUUGAGCCCAACCUUGUGGGAAAGGAGAUCAUACAUUCCAGCAGGAAGUUGGUGGACUUGGUGCUUGCACACAAGGAAUACAAGUCUUAUAAGCUCGGUAUUGUUGGAAGGGGUGGAGUUGGAAAGACAACACUAGCUCAGAAAAUAUACAAUGACCAAAAAAUAAAAGGAAGCUUCAAUCUACAAGCAUGGAUUUGUGUUUCGCGAGACUACAAUGAAGUAACUCUUCUGAAAGAGGUUCUCCGGAAUAUUGGUGUGCAUCAUGAGCAAGGUGAAACCAUAGCAGAGCUCCAAAGGAAGCUUGCAGAAACAAUUGAAGGGAAGAGUUUCUUUCUGGUUCUAGAUGAUGUCUGGCAUUCCAAUGUAUGGAUGUAUCUAUUAAGGCCUGUAUUACAUGAAACAACAUCCAGAGUAAUAUUGGUAACCACACGAGAUGAUCAAAUUACAAGGAGAAUAGGUGUAGAGCAUACCCAUCGAGUUGAUCUCAUGUCAAUAGAGGUGGGAUGGGAGCUACUUUGGAAGAGCAUGAACAUUGAGGAAGAGAAAGAAGUGCAGAAUUUAAGAAACAUAGGGAUUGAGAUUGUUCGUAAAUGUGGUCACCUCCCUCUUGCAAUAAAGGUUACCGCUAGUGCUUUGGCAAGCAGAGAUCUAACAGAGAAUGAUUGGAAACGGUUUUUGGGGAAAUAUGCUGGCUCCCGGAGCAUCCUCUCUGAUGAAAUAGAAGGAGCUCUGUAUCUAAGCUAUGAUGAGUUGUCGCAUCGUCUGAAACAGUGUUUCCUUUAUUGUGCUUUGUAUGGUGAAGAUUCUAUCAUUCGGCGUGAUCAAGUUACUUGGUUAUGGAUUGCUGAAGGCUUCAUUGAGGAGCAGCAAGGCCAACUACUAGAAGACAUAGCAGAAGAGUACUACUACGAGCUAAUCCAUCGGAAUCUCCUCCAGCCAUGUAAUGAAUUGUUUGGCCAGGUUGAAUGCAGAAUGCAUGACCUCUUGAGACAACUUGCUCUAAAUAUAUCAAAAGAAGAAUGCUUUAUUGGGGAUGUUGAAACAUUAAGGGGUAGAAAUAUGUUGACACUGCGACGUAUUACUGCUGUCACCAAGAAGGAUAAACUAGUGCUACCUAGGAUGGAUAAGUUUGAAGUUACGGUGAGGACUUUCCGAACUGUGAAUGGUCCACGGAGAAUUGAUGAUACAUUUUUCAAGAGAUUUCUGCUUCUUCGUGUUUUGGUACUGAAUUACUCACUUGCACAAAGCAUUCCAUACCAUAUAGGAAAACUGAUACAUCUACGCCUACUUAAUCUAGAUUAUACUGGCAUAUCUUGUCUUCCGGAAUCCAUUGGCUUGCUACAAAACCUUCAAGUACUGAGCUUGACAGGGUGUGUUGAUCUGCAGAGUCUUCCUUCAGCAUUGACCCUGUUGUGCAAUUUAAGAUGUCUUUAUCUUCUUGACACACACAUAUAUCAGGUUCCAAGAGGGAUAGGAAAACUGAAGUGCCUCACCGAAUUACGAGGAUUUUGUGUUGCUGAUGAAAGUGAAAAUGCUAAUGUACAGGAUGGAUGGAAGUUGGAAGAGUUGUCUUCUAUGUUGCAGAUAAGGCGUCUUAUUCUGGUUAAAUUGGAAAGAGCGGCUCAUGGUAGUACAAAUACAUUGUUGAUGAACAAAGCACAUCUAAAAGAACUAGUACUAUCGUGGAGUCCAUGUGGAUUGGGAUCAUAUUCAGAAGAAGUUGUUAGCAAUUCUGAGAAGGUCUUUGAGCUGCUAAUACCUCCAUGCAACCUGGAAGCCCUAUUUAUUUCACGAUUCUUUGGUCGGCGGUAUCCCACUUGGUUUGAAACCACCUGUUUGUAUUCAGUGAUUCACUUGUCCUUAGUGCAUUUACACUCAUGUGUGGAUCUUCCACCGAUUGGGCAGCUACCCAACUUGAAAUUUUUGAGAAUUGACGGAGCAGAUGCAGUUACCAAGGUCGGACCUGAAUUUGUUGGCUGCGGGAAGGGUGCUCCCAUAUGCAAUGAGUUUGUUGCUUUCCCUAAACUUGAAUGGCUAUUUCUCUUAAAUAUGUGCAACUGGGAGGAGUGGUCUUUUCUUGAGCAAGAUGUUUCUGGUGUUGAACGGGGGGAGGAUGGAGCUGCUGACAUUUGUAAAGCAUCCCAAUCUACACGGUUGCAACUAUUAUCCCGUUUGGAGAGCUUGCACGUAGUAGGUUGCCCUAAGCUGAGGGCUUUCCCGCGACAACUUGGAGAGGAUACCACAAGCUUGAAGGAGCUCAAGUUAUUUGGACUAAACAACUUGAAGGCAUUGGAGGACUUCCCACACCUCACUGAGCUCCUUCGUAUUGAGAAGUGCGAUGGCCUGGAGAGGAUCUCCAACCUCCCUCAAGUGACAGGCCUGCAAUUACAUGGCUGUCUGAACUUAAGCCAUGUAAAGGGGUUGGACAGUUUGCAGCAGCUGGGGCUGGGCGAGGAUAUGCAACAAGAGAUCUCUUCAAACUGGGUGCCUGGGCUUCAAGAGCAGCACCAGCGACUUCAUGGUGAAGAUCUGGAUGCCUACACAUGGUCUACCAGUUAGAUGGCAACCACUGGCACAAGCGUAGGACUGAUGGUGUGGCUCGCUUCGACGGGCAAAGCACCAGAUGUACUAAGUUGAGGAAGCCUGCCAAUGUCGAAGAUGGGCAAGUGUCAUGAUGAUGGAUGUGUAACGAGCUGGUGAAGAAAGAAAUUAUAGUGUCUUCCUUUGGCAAUGUUCCCUGGGAAUACUGUAUCGAAUUUCGUUGUGUUUAUUUUCUGAAUUUGGGCCAGAGGGCUUUGCUGUACUGAACCUCCUGCCUGUGUGAUAUUGUUUCACUUAUUUAUUCCUGAACUGUCGGCUGGAAGGCUUUGCUGUACUGAACAACGAUUUCAUUCUUUUAAUUUCAUUAUAACUGAUGGUUUCAUUCUUUCA